CUAUUCGCCGCAUCUCGUUCGAUCGCCGUUGUCGGCGCACAGUGAUUCACCUCAGAGUCAGACCGAGUCCACGUGCGGAAUCUGUGAUGAUGUAGCAACUUGCCAGAGGUGCGAAGUCGCGACUUGGAGCGUCGCAUACGGCGCGAAAUCGCCAAUUCCAACGAGCGUCGACGCAUGCAGAGUAUCAAUUCUGGCUUCCGUGCACUCAAGAUGCUCCUGCCGCAAGCUGACGGCGAGAAGAUGAGCAAGGCUGCCAUACUGCAGCACGCUGCUGAACACAUCUACGCCCUACAACAGGAAAAGGCACGGACGGCGCACCAAACGGCGCAUCUCACGUGGCUACUGGCGUCGAUGCAAGAGAGCACGGCCGCUCUACAGCAGCAGCAACAACAACGCCAGCUGUCGGACCAGCGCGUCAGCCCGCCGACCGACCAUCCGACCGCAUCGCUCGCUGUCUCGCUCGCCGAGACGCAUCAGGAGCUGGCGCACUUACGCAUCGAACUCGAGCGAGAGAGACGAGUGCGUGCGAACGUCGAAAAACGCCUCUCGAGCCUCACUUCCUCGUUUCAGUCGGCGCCGCCUGACUCGAACAGCUCACCAGCUGAGAAGGACACGCCUAUGGGCGACGACUCGGACACCCCACGUGGUACGCUGGACACGAUAGUUCGCGCCAUACGUCACCUGGAGGGCGACCGGGUGUUCACGCCUGUUCCCGACGAGGAGUCGAGUUGAUCGGAGGCGCGUUGUAGUUAGUGUGUGUGUAUAUAGAGGUGCGACGUAGUCGCACGCGUGCGGAGAUAGAGUACUGAAUGGCGCGCGUAUAUUCAUCAAAACCGGGAAUAUGCUAAUUGAAUUGUUGUAAUACAAACGUGCCGCUGUAAUUUUAUUAUCGAGAGUGACGGCAUAUAACGCACGUAGCGUGACGUGAUUUGGUCGGAAAAAUAUUUUUUCUGAAGUAA